AUGGACGAUACUCCCAAAGUUGAAGUUUCCGGCACGGAUAGAUCCGACCUGCAGAAUGCAGCAAACAACACGUCCAACGAGGUGGAAAUGACCGGAACUCAGGAGACACCAGCCCCUCAGACUGAACAGACUGAGAACACGGAACAGACUUCUAAAGCUGGAGAUGACAUUAUUCUGCUUGAUGCGACCACUGAGGCCGAGCCUCCCACUCCAGCAAAGAAGAGCGCAGGCUUCAAGUUCCUCGACUUCCUUACCUCUCCGAUCGUCGAGAUUGUCAUUGGCGAAGGCGAUAAGAAGACCUCUAUGACUGCUCACCAAACCCUGCUCUUGGAUUCCCCAUUCCUCUCCGAAUUUAUGAACAAGUUCGAGUCCUCAGGUCCCCGCCGUAUUGAGCUCCCGAACGAAGACGUCGAUGCUUUUAGCUGCUUCCUGCAGUUUGAGUACACUCGAGACUACACCGUUACACAGCCAGAGACCCCAUCCGCAUCCGAAGAGCCGGAAGGCGCGACUGAUAAGACUGGGGAGGAAUUGCUGCGACACGCGCGCAUCUACACAUUGGCCGAGAAGCUGGGUCUACCACAACUGAAGAGCCUCGCCCACACCAAGAUCCAUCGCGUCAAUGGCACUCCUCGUGGCGAGCUAUCCUACGCUCGUUACGUCUACACUCACACCUCCCCAGACGACACUACCAUCCGCAGGCCCGUCGCUUCGUACUGGGCUUCUCGUGGUCACCUGCUGCGACACGAGGUUCAAGGGGACUGGGAUAGCAUGUGUCUCGAAGUCCCCGAAUUCACGACCGACGUGCUUAAGAUCCUGAUGGAUCGCAAGGAAAAGUCUGGCCCAGCAGAAGCAGAAUCGACCCCAAGGGGACGGAAGCGCCUGAGAGCCAGUGAGAAGUGA